UUGGCUUGGCCCUUGGGUCAAUGGUCUUCGAUUUCUUGUUUUACAUCUAUAGCACUAUAAUUAUCUUCUCUUUAUAAUUACUUGUUGACAAUAAUUUUUGUGUUUCUCAAAUUCCAAUAAUGCUGACUUUAGAGGAGUCUCGAGUCGACGCCCGGCGAUUCACUAGUAACUCGAAGUCUAUAGAAUUUGGACCCUGGCAGAUAUCCUACGAUAUAAGCUGUAUCUUACCCAGCGUCUGCUCUACAAAAGUUGUUUGCGAGAGAGAUGAUGAUCAGUUUUGUCAAUUCUGCAUAUAUUGCAAAGAGCUGACUAUUCCACAUUUUCCUGAUAUGGUGUUUCCAAAGAAUAUUUUAUCAUUGACACAUAAUAAUGGAGCUAUAAUCAGUUUUAACCCUCUGGAUGCUUUAAAACUAGUAGCCUGUACUACUGAAGCUAUAGAAGUGUCAUGUGCAGAAGCUUGGCUAGUUGCAAGACCAGAUGCAACAAAGAAGAAGAAAAAUUUCGAUUGGACGUUCUCCACUGACUACAAGGGCACCCUCACUGACAACAUCAGUGUUGAAGCCACCGACGAGAACAUCAACUAUGAGUUACUGAAACAGAAAGACCAAAUACUGUUCUACCACGACCUCACACUGUUCGAGGAUGAAUUGCACGACCAUGGCAUAUCCAAGCUAUCUGUCAAAAUUAGAGUGAUGCCAAGCUACUGGUUCGUACUACUCAGAUACUUCCUAAGAGUUGAUGAUGUCAUGGUUAGAUCUCACGAAACUAGAAUGUUUCACAUGUUAAACACAAACUAUGUCAUACGAGAAUACACGGCAAAGGAAUCAAAAGCUGAAGACUUACAGAUUCCUACAUCACAGAUGAAGGAGGCAGACGAUGUUAUUCCAUUUCUUCCAGUUAGAGAGAGGACUCUUCACAAACUCAUAGUUCAUUCAGAUUCCAAUUGUUGUGAAUAACUAUAUUUUUAUACAAUCUUUUUAAAUAGAAAUCCAUUAACAGUAAAAAUUUAGUAAAUAUUUUUUUUAUAUUAUAAGUUAUGCAAUAAAGUGAGUAUGUCUA